GAGUUUGUCACCCACAAACUCCAUCGUAAGUCAUAAACCAGAACUCCUCCUGUGGGAGAGCUCGAGUGUUGGUGCUCGUGACUUACAGAGAGAGCGAGAGAGCGAGAACUGAUUAGGAGAUGGCGAUGAGCGAGGUGAUGCGCAAGGUGAAGCCAUACUUGGCUAUCAUCUCUCUUCAAUUUGGGUACUCGGGAAUGUAUAUCAUCACCAUGGUUUCUUUCAAGCAUGGCAUGAGCCACUGGGUUCUCUCCGUGUACCGUCAUGUUGUCGCCCUCCUUAUCAUUGCUCCUUUUGCUCUUGUCCUUGAAAGAAAAAUAAGGCCUAAGAUGACCCUCCCGAUCUUCCUCAGGAUGCUGGCGCUUGGUUUCCUUGAGCCGGUGCUGGAUCAGAACCUGUACAACAUGGGGAUGAAGGCCACCUCAACAACUUUUGCAUCUGCCAUCGUUAAUGUCCUCCCAGCUAUUACUUUUCUGAUGGCACUAGUUUUCAGGUUAGAGAGCGUGAACCUGAGAAAAUUACCCAGCUGGGCCAAGAUAAUAGGAACUGCAAUCACAGUGUCAGGUGCCAUGGUGAUGACGUUGUACAAAGGCGCGGCCUUUCAGAUAAUAAAGUCAAGUGGUAUAAGCCAUCACGAUUCUGCUUCCACCGAACCCUCUGACCAGCACUGGGUUGUCGGCACCGUUUACCUCAUUGGAAGUUGCUGCGGCUGGGCUGGCUUCUUCAUUUUGCAGUCAUUCACUCUGAAGAUAUACCCGGCAGAGCUCUCGCUCACGGCUUGGAUUUGCGUGACGGGAAUUGUGGAGGGUUCCAUCGCAACCUUUAUAAUGGAAAGGGACCUGAGCGUAUGGGUCAUAGGCUGGGACUCUAGGCUUCUUGCUUGUGUUUAUUCUGGGGUGGUGUGCUCUGGAAUGGCUUACUAUGUACAAGGGGUUGUGACCAGGGAACGUGGACCAGUCUUUUUAACUUCUUUCAGCCCACUAAUUAUGAUUAUCACCGCAGCGUUGGGUUCUUUCGUGCUAGCCGAGCAAGUCCACGUGGGAAGCAUAAUUGGAGCUAUACUCAUCGUGUUCGGACUUUAUUCUGUGGUGUGGGGAAAAAGCAAAGACGUUAAAAGCACGAGUGACGACACAGUGAAAGGGGAGGGUCACGAAUUGCCAAUAAAAGACGACACGAGGUCAGGAUCAGGCAUUUUUGACAAGAUUGAGGUCAGUGUUCCUGCUGAGAAGUCAAAGGGGCCGGGGAAGAACAGUAAUGUCCCACCACAAGCACCAACGCCAAGAUCAUGAACCUUCUUUGAGACUAACCUUUAUAAAUUUUCCUACCCAGAGAGACGUCAAGAAAGAUUUGUAGCCGUACAAAUCUCUCCCAAGGCAUUGACUGCUCUUUCGUCUACACCUUUCUGGAAUUUUAAUAUGAAAUAACGUGCUCAUAUUGCUA